GCCGGGGGCCCCGGGGCGGGACGCUACGGUCUCGGGACAGCGCAGCGCCCGUGGGCCCGUGGCUUGGGCUGGGGGCCCGGGCGGGCGGGGGCGGAGGUCAUCUCAGGAAGCGGGGGUUGGUCGGGUCUGGUUCUUUCUGGUGAUGGAAAGACGGACCGGACUGAGGCGGCUCCAGCGGUUGCGGUUCGGCCGUCUUGAGUGUCUCGGCGAGGUGCAGCCCCGGCCCUUCGGGCGCCUCUUGCCCUCCUGUGGCCGGCGCCCCGCUCGGCGCAGACACCCGGCUGUGCACGGCCCUGGGGGUUGCGGGGGUCGUCCCCCGCCGCCGGCCCUGGGGGAGACCAGUCUCCCGCCGUGGACCCCGCCGGCUGGGGCAGCUGCUUGCUCCAGAGAGGGAGGGGGCACCGUGGGCCUUAAGGCCGGGCAAGAGUUUGUCAGCGCCGGGGGGGGGGGGCACCCUGUCGCAGUCGCCAGCAGCUUUGUGUCCAGGACAGAGUGCUGGGCAACGUGGCAAGCCCCUGUUGGAAAGCUGGGCACGGCUGUCCCCCACGUCGGCGGUGGGAGCUCACAAGCCGGUGGGCAUUGCUCCUGCCGGUGCAGGUUCUGCUCGCGCCACCAGGGUCCCCGCGGGCACUGUGUCCCUUGCAGCACCCAGCUGUCCGCACGCGGGACAGCUCUUGUGUGCACACCUGUGCCCUGAGAAGAACGUGCGGGAGUGGAAGGCGGCUGUGUUAGUGGGGCCUCCGGGUUCGUCUGGGUGGGCACCCACUCUGGACACAAAGCCGCCUUUCCCAGCCUCUGCCCUGCCCCGAAAUUUCUGGCUGGAGGGCGGAGAGGAGGGCGGAGCCGAGGUGCCUGUGGUCUGGGCUUUACGCAGAGCCCCAGCCCCAGCCCGCUCGGCUCCAGACCGCCAGGCCUGUGUGGAAGUUCACUGGCAAUGAGGUGCGUCUGCUCUUGGGGAAAGGAAGUCACACGGGGUCUCUGCAGCGGCCUCUGUCACCGCAGGGGCAGCGUUUGCUCCCUUCACUUCCACGGGAACUUGCACCUGUUGGCGGUCUCUUGUUACAGUAACUCACUGACAAAACGCGGCAAAAGCGGGCGCUGUCCUUAGGCCGAGCUCCUGUAGGUCUGAAACCCGUAGACCAGCCAGUCUGAUUGUAGCCACCUUUAAUGUCGAUUAUUUAAACCCCGGGUCGUGUAAGGCUUUUAUGCCACGUUUUUCCCCUGAGCCCCCGCGGUUCCGGUCUGUGACCAUGGCUGGCAGGUAGAUUUGAAGCGUCUGAGGCCAGCCUUCAAGAGAAGAAUCAAAAGGGAGGAAAACCCCAGUUAAUGCGAAACCCACCCAAAUAACGGCAAGUAUGGAGGCAGCCGCAUUUCGCUAGGGCCUGGAGAAGAACAGAUUGGGUGUCAGGAGCUCACUGCCUGUAACGCAAUCCAGGUGUGUAGAGGCUCCCGCCCGGCUUCCGGCUCCCCGCACGUGCUGCCUCCUGCGCGCUGAGCUCGGAGUCUCGGGGGCGGGUUCCCCUGCUGACCCGUAGAAGGCCUCUGCCCAUGCGAGACUCCAGAAGGCCGGAAUCUGCUUUGAUGUCCCCCACAAACACUCACCAAGGCUGAGCGUCUCUCCCUGCCCUCUUGGGGGUUAAGGGAAAGUGGAACUGGAGAGAAGACCAGACAGAUUGGUCCCAUCACUGUCCUACUUGCUGCUUGGCGGUGUGGCUCAAGUCUCCUUCUAUAGGGUCUGUUGCCCAAAUUCUAAGUUAUCACUGAUGUUACUACAUGUCACAAAUGUGCCACUAGUGUGAGCCUCUUGAGACAGGAAGUCUGCCCCAAGAGACAUUCAAGCAGAGGCUUAGCCAAAGAUGCUUGCGACUCAGCAGCUCUGGUUCUGAAGACCAUUUCGCGGGGAGAGAGGCCGUCGUUGUCGUAAGAGGAGGGGAAACGCGCACCUGCUGUGGGGUGGGAGAAGGUCUGAGACGCACUUGAAAGAAAUUGGAUUGCUGCUGUAGGAAAUUACUAUUUGGGUGAGAUUUGGGACAAUAUAUAAAAUUCUAGGGGAAAGAAAGUAUCAUCAAUUACCCCUCUAAAAAAAGAUUUGUAUCCUGAAUUAGAGAAGCUUCUCCUCUAAUUCCAUCCCCGUGGUAAAUGUGCAGAAGCAGAGGGGUGAGCAAAGCUGUGUCUGCUGGUGCCCAUGCCUUUUCCUUCCCUGGCAGUGCAGCAGAAUUCUGCCUUUCCUCGCUGGAGGCGCCGCUGAGGUCCUGAGCUCUCUCCCAGCCUCAGGUUCUGAGAAGCAGAGGGCAGACCCUCCUCGGAGGCACAGAUGCAGGGGUGACAACAAGGGACCUAGCUACGGGCCCAGAUAAAGGUGGCUUCUUUCUGUAAAUACAGGAGAAAAGAAUGAAGCCGGGAUCCUCCAUCAGUGCCGGAAAUGGCCCAGGUGGGCACCGGGUUGGACCUGCGGCCUCACGUACUGAUACGCUUUCUUUUUCCAGGGAGGGCUUCCUCUGCGGUGCUCUCGUCCGUCUCUCUGCAGCUGCUGCUCUACCUGAGUGGGGCCUACUGUGCCCUGUAUUUCCUAGCUACGCUCCUGAUGAUGAUGUAUAAAAGUCAGGUUUUCAGUUAUCCUCAUCCUUACUUGGUCCUCGACCUGACUCUGCUGCUUCUGAUGGGGAUCUUGGAAGUGACUCGGCUGUAUCUUGGCACCAAGGGCAACCUGACGGAGGCUGAGGUGUCGCUGGCCAUCAGCCUGGUACUUACCGCAGGCGGCGCCCUGCUGUCCACCUAAUUCCUGCUCUGGCAGACGCUGGUGCUGUGGGCAGACGCAUCCUCGGCACCACACUCCUGGUACUGCAUGGCCUGGAGGCCGUCCUGCAGCUGGUGGCCACUGCUGCCUUCGUCAGCUAGGCAGGCGGUGCCUGGCAUCCCCCACCCUGGGUGGGACACCCCUGGACAGAAGCCACGUCCUGGGUGCUCGGCGAUGCCUGGUGGCUCCCUCAGCUGCGCCAACCUGCUUGAUCACCAAGGGGAGUGGGUGAGGACGGUGCACGUUUGCACACAAUUGCUGGGAUUCCGUGCUUUCCACACUGGUCCCCCUGGAGCUACAGGGUGGUGUGGGGAGCCCAGGACCGUGGCCCACAGCAGGCCAAGCCCUGGACGAGGGUACACCAGCAUUGCAACAGAAAGAAAAAUGCCUGGGAGCCAGCAAGCUCUGGUGUUUGGGGGCAUUUUUGCAGUGGCGGCCCCUUCCCUCUGGGGCUUCUGCAGGGAUGUGGUCUAAAGCCCCGGCACAGGGGAGGGAGGCAGGGAACGGGUGAGUGACAGAGAACAGCCUGCCACUGCCCUGGGCAGGGGUUUCGGGGCUCCAGUCCAGGACUGAGUCAGAGAAACGUCAGGAGUGCACACUGUGCUGGAUGUGUCCGCAGACCAGAGGGCUCCUGGAAGGACUGUGAGUUCAGGUUCCCCAGUGACUUGCCUUCGUUUGCAUUGCGCCCUGUCCGCGUUCGGAAUAACUGUUUGAACAUCGAGACGUUUCCUCUUGGCCAUGUUGUCGAGUAAAGGAACGUGUGUAGCUGCCUGCA